CUAUUCUCUGACAGCCAAUAUCAGACCCUGCCAUUAGCCUCCUCAACAGAAGCUCCCAGCCAUGAAGCCUCUCCUCAUUGUGUUUCUCUUUCUUUUCCUUUGGGAUCCAGUGCUGACAGGUCUAAAUCCAUUAUCAUCAGAAAUGCACACGAAAUGCUAUAAGAAUGGCAUCUGCAGACUUGAGUGCUAUCAGAGUGAAAUGAUCGUUGCCUACUGUAAGUUUCAGCUGGAGUGCUGUGUCGCAGGAAAUCCUCCACCCUGACAUGAGAAACCAGUGAAUUGCCACAAUCUUGAAGGCCCUUGAUUCUGCCAUC